CUUGUUUCCAGUCACAAAACAAGAAAAGCAGCGGCAGCUCCUCAGGUCCGUCGUUGAGAAAACGUGCGUUUCCUUGCCUUUUAAAACCCAAACCUCUCUCUCUAUCUCUAAAAACCGAUCUCAUUCGUCUUCUCCGAUCGAUCUAUCGCUAGGAUUUUCUUCCAUUUCUGUAGAGCUUCUGCUGCUUCUUCCAUGGCGAAAGGAAGGCAUUCUCGACUCCUGCCAGGCAGGCGAUCUUCGACUUCAACCCUCGUUCUCCUCAUGCUCCUGAUGCUCUCCCUCGUUCUCCUCAUGCUCCUCACCCUUGGGAUCCUCUCUCUCCCCGUUCACACCCGUAGCAAUUCUCCUGAUGCCGUCGAUCUCAAUGCUGUCAUGCAGAUCAGUACCACCACGACCACCCCCACCGAAAGAGCAAACGGAUUGGGAGAAAGAGGCGAGCAAUGGACGGAAGUUCUUUCGUGGGAACCGAGGGCAUUCGUCUAUCAUAAUUUCCUCCAGUCCAAAGAGGAAUGUGAGUAUCUAAUCGAACUUGCCAAGCCUCACAUGGCGAAGUCAACAGUUGUUGAUAGCACAACUGGUCGGAGUAAAGACAGCAGGGUGCGCACAAGCUCAGGCAUGUUUCUAAGGAGAGGACAAGAUAAAAUCAUCAGGACUAUUGAGAAAAGGAUAGCAGAUUUCACUUUCAUACCUGUAGAGCAUGGGGAGGGGCUUCAAAUUCUCCACUAUGAAGUUGGACAGAAAUAUGAACCUCACUAUGACUACUUCCUCGAUGAAUUUAACACUAAGAAUGGGGGUCAGCGCAUAGCUACCGUUCUUAUGUAUCUUUCAGAUGUUGAAGACGGCGGUGAGACUGUGUUUCCCUCAGCCAAAGCAAAUUUCAGCUCUGUUCGUUGGUGGAAUGAAUUAUCUGAAUGCGGAAAGAAGGGCCUCUCUGUUAAACCAAGGAUGGGGGAUGCAUUGCUUUUCUGGAGUAUGAGGCCCGAUGCCUCUCUAGAUCCAACAAGUUUGCAUGGUGGUUGCCCCGUAAUAAGUGGGAAUAAGUGGUCAUCAACAAAGUGGAUGCAUGUCGGCGAGUACAAGGUUUAAUCUAAUAUACUUUUAAGGCUUUCCAGAUUGCAAGGAAGAAUCUGCUUGUGUCGAUAUCUGGUAGCGUGUAUAACCAUUGGUGUUAUAGAAUAUCAGCCAGAGCUUCCCCGCCUCAGAUGGGAGCCCUAAUGCAUCAUGUAUUCUUUACAACUCAGGUGCUUCCAUAUGCCUACAAUUUUUGACCAAUGAUAUCCGCUAACUAGAAUCACUGUUGAGACUCUGUUGAAAGAAUAAAGACGGGUUUUUGUUGCCACAAGUAAAUAUAUAUGUGGGAAAUAUUUGUUGGAAGAUGGAUUGUCGGCACCACAAAAAUACGGCUGAGAUGUAGGUGUAAAACACAGAUGAUGGGUAGUGAGAAAACAUUGCAUAAGUUCCAUUGAGAGUUUCUUCUGUUUACCUCUUUAUAUGCUAGAUUUGACAUACUGAUAUUGAUUUUUAUUACUU